AUGAGUACUAGUGGGAAACAUCUGUUUUAUAGAGACAGAAAAGAAUGGAAUGACAUUACUCCUGUUCCUCAAGAUGAUAAUGGUCGGCACAUUGUAAAUAUAGCAUAUUCAGAAGAAUUUGUUGACGCACAUGAUUAUUUCCGUGCAGUUUUGUUAAAAAAUGAACUUAGUGAGAGAACAUUUUCUUUAACAUCAGAGAUUUUAUUAAUGAAUCCUGCCAACUACACGGCUUGGGAAUAUAGAAGAAGAAUCAUCAAAGAAAUUUCGUCAGAUCUUAAUGCUGAAUUGCGUUUUGUGGGUGGCCUUAUUGAAGAAUAUUCGAAAAACUAUCAAUUAUGGCAUCAUCGCCAGUGGAUUGUAGAAGAAUUAUCAAAACAGACUGCUAACGGAUCAUGUAACACACAUCUAACACAUCUCAGUUCUGAGGAACUUAGUUUCACUGAUGAUGUUAUCUCGGAUGAUCCAAAGAAUUAUCAUGCAUGGCAGCAUCGUCGAUGGAUUGUGACAUUUUUUAAAAUAUCUGUUGAAGACGAACUGGCAUUCACUGAACGAAUGCUUUUAAUCGAUGUACAUAAUAAUUCAGCGUGGAAUCAUCGUUUCUACAUAAUCACGCUUGAUGAAGGUUUGUCACCAGCUGUUCUUACACGUGAAAUCGAUUUUGUGCAGAAGCGAAUCACUUUUGCACCGAAUAAUGAGAGUUCAUGGAAUUAUUUCUACGGUUUACUAGUACCUCUUGUGCAUAACAGAAAGUAUAUUUCCUCGGAGACAUCUAAACCAUCAGAUGAAAAAUCUUCCAGUAAUGUGACUGAUUUAAUGCCUAAACUUCAGCUUAUGCUAAAGUUUGUUGAAGAUUUAAUGGCAGUUGAUCGUACUGUUGUUGACUGUUUAGCUCCACUCAGCUUCUUAGUUGAAGUGUAUACUGAUUACUUGGAAUUACAUUUUAUGAAACAGUCAAAUGGCUGUGGCGGCACACCAAGAAAACAAGACAGUCCGCAUGUUGAUGCAUCAAUAGGUGAUUCUCUGAACACGACAUACGAUCCUAAAACUAUUUUUGAUCGUGCCAUCUCCCUAUGUGAUCGUUUGGCUAAUGAAGUGGACAGAAUUCGAGCCACUUAUUGGCAGUAUCGUGCUCGUCAAUUAACGUGUUUCGCCAAGAAAGUCAACUUACCAUGUGACAUCAUCAUAUCGUAGAUGUUAUAACUGAUUGCAUCUGUGAGACUACAUAUUUCAUAUUUUCUAAUCAAGACUGUAUUUCGUCCUUUGAAUUUAACAAUACAAAUAUUCCUGCUAUGAGAUUUUCGCUUUUGUGAGGG